AGCAGAUAUAGAUGUUAUCUGGUUGUUUACUUUAUAUUAUUCUACAACUUUAGGAAGCUAUGACUUUAGAGUAUGAUGUUGAAUUUAAAAUAACUCCAUUUAACAUGAAAGAAGAGCUUGAGGAAGACGGUCACUUCGAUUCCGCUGGCACUUUCAUUUUCAAGAAACAAGUUGAUGCUCGUGAUAAUUGGUUGGAAGAUAUUAAUUGGCUAGAAGUCAAGAAAAACCAGGAAAAGAAUUCAUUGAAAGACACAUCGAUAAGCGAUGAACUCGGCGGGAAAGUGCUAAGUAAAGAGGAGAAACUCGCUUUGUACCAAGAACUCUUAUCUUAUUUACAACCUUCUGAGACCGUUCUGCGCAGUAUCAGACGUAUGGGUGCCUGUUCAGAUACUAAGAAGUCCGCUUCAGCCAGCCAACGCUGGCUACGAAAUAAACAUCCGAAAACUAAAACUGAGACGUAAGUGUCACAUAUGGUGUUGUACUUGUGGUUAUGGCAUACGUAUUCCAGUAUAUCAUGUUGUGUUAGAGACGAUGUCUAAACAACUCAUUAAAAUUGUGAUACGAAUUAAAGUGUAGCGUUCCAUUUGUUUCUAAUUUUGAAAUUAAUAUUUAUUCACCAGCGGUGAAAAGGAAUAAUGAUACGAACAUCAUGGAG